ACUUGAUUGUGAAACACUGAGAAAACCUUGGAAAAACGGAUAACGAAUCAAGCUGUGGCUGCAGUUUCAAAUUUCAAUAGGUUUGAAAACACAGGAAUUUUAGAAAACCGACUGCAAAACUUAAGGAAAAAGAAGCUGAGGAAAUGGAUCAAACUGUGAAGCUCACAUACUCCAUCCAUGAUUACUCAAGCUUUUCUGGGAGUUAUUUGCCAAAGAAUAUUGCUGAGGACAAGCCAAACGACCAGGCUUCAAGAUGGUCAUCAGAAAACAACAACCCACCUCAGUACAUCACCCUGAAGCUAAAACAGCCGGCCAUUGUAAGAACCAUUACGUUUGGAAAGUACGAAAAGACGCAUGUGUGUAAUCUGAAAAAGUUCAAAGUGUACGGUGGUCUCUGCGAAGACAAUCUGAUUGAGCUUCUGGACAGCGGUUUGAAGAAUGACAACCAGCCGGAGACGUUCUACCUGCGCUACAAGCUGGAGAACAACCCGUUCCCCUGCCAGUACAUCAAGGUGGUGCCGCUGCACUCGUGGGGGCCCAGCUUCAACUACAGCAUCUGGUACGUCGAGCUGUGGGGCGUCGACGACCACGACACCGUGCUGCCCCACAUGAACUGGUUCAACGCCUACCGGGAAAAGGAGGCGAUCCGGCUGUGUCUGAAGCACUUCCGGCAGCACAACUACGGCGAGGCGUUCAGCUCGCUGCAGAAGCGCACGCGCGUCCAGCUGGAGGCGCCGCUGCUGACGGAGCUGUUCGAGUCGCUGGUGGAGCGCGGAGACUUUGCCGCCACCGAGGAGGCCGUCCAGCGCGCGCAGGAGAGCGGCCUCUUCAGCGAGUACAUCAACCAGCACGAGUACCGGCCAGAGUGGCGGCCCAUCGUGCCGGAGCCGGGCGCCGAGCGGCCCGGUAUGCGCGGCGGACACCAGAUGUGUUUCGACCCGACCCACGAGGUGAUGUACCUGUUCGGCGGCUGGGACGGCACGCAGGACCUGUCCGACCUGUGGGCCUUCUACAUCCGACAGGGACAGUGGACCAGGCUGUCGGCCGACACCUCGACAGAGGGCGGUCCUACCGCUCGCAGCUGCCACAAGAUGUGUCUGGACGUGGAGCGACAGCAGCUGUUCACGCUCGGACGAUACGUCGACUCGGCGCAGCGCAUCCCCGAAAACCUCAAGGGCGAUUUUUACAUGUACGACAUCCCGUGCGGACGGUGGACACUCAUCACAGACGACACGGCCAGCAUGGGCGGGCCGGCGCUCAUCUUCGACCACCAGAUGUGCCUGGACCCCGUGAGCCGCACGCUCUACGUGUUCGGCGGCCGCGAGCUGACCUGUACCGCGCCGAGCUCGCUGGAUGAUCGGACGGGUACGUUGAGCUCAGUGGACCCGGUGUUUUCGGGCCUGUACGCGUACCACGUGGCGACCAGCACGUGGACCCGCCUGCGUGCCGACUCGUACCACCCGGGACCGGGUACGAUCCGCUCCCGGGUCUCCCACUGCAUGCUCUUCGACCAGAAGAGUCGUAAGUUGUACAUCCUCGCUGGCCAGCGGAGCAAGGAGUACCUGAACGACUUUUUCACCUACUCGCCCGACACAGACGAGCUGACGAUGAUAUCGGACGGCACGCGCGGCGACGGCAGCGUGGACGUACCGGCGGCGGGCACCACGCAGCGCGCCACCAUCGACGUCCAGCAGGCCGAGAUACACGUCCUCUCGGGGCUGAGCAAAGACAAAGAAAAGAAGGAGGAUAACCUGAAGAACUCGUUCUGGGUGUAUGACAUCAAACAGAAUAGGUGGUCGUGCAUCUACCGAAACCGUGCUGAGCCGAGCGGAUCGGACGACUCCAAACCGCUGGUGGAGCCGUGCCCUCGGUUCGCACACCAGCUGGUGUUCGACCACAUGCGAAAGAUAUUCUACCUGUUUGGUGGCAACCCAGGCCGCAAAGGCAACCCAAAGAUGCGUCUGGACGAUUUCUGGCGUCUGAAGCUCACUCGACCCACCUGUUCGGAAGUCCUGCGGCAGUGCAGACUGCUGCUCAGGAAACAAAGGUUCGAGGAGCUGGUGCCGUCGGACCCGGUGGCCGCGCUGCAGUACCUGCAGACGGAGGUGGCCGCCGCCGUCGAUCACGCCGACGCCGAGCAGGAGCGCCAGUUUCAGCUGCUUGCCGGCCGGCUGUUCGCGCCGCCGGCCGCCGACCCGGCCGACCCGGAGCCGCGCCGCGCCGCCCGCUCGCGACUCUUCGACCAGCUGACCGUGUUCUUUCCGGCCGAGAUGGCGCAGCCGCGCUCCAACCUGACCGACCUGAUCCGGCUGGACAAGUGAGCGCUGCCGCACGGACAUCUGUCGGACCGAGCGGCACAAACGACCUCACGGGCGGCUGCUCCGAUCCGGGAGCAAAGCGAUCGCCUGGCUUCGACCUCUGCUCGAGCGCUGGGAUUGCGAGACCCAACUGUUUGAUACCUGGCGGUGUGACUCAACGAGCGCUGAGAAGAAUUGUACGGUUACAUUGACUGUUCGGACUAUACGUGCGAGAUGUUUCGGUUGUUCGAGCCAUACUUCCACGGGGUGUUACAUAUGCUCACGGAUGAGGCAAGAAUGACGUCGCCCUCUGGGUUGGAGUGUUCGAGGUCGACUUCAAUUGACCAUUGAGUCAGCUUAGCGAGAGUUGAACUCGCAACGGCCUUGUCCUUCCAGUAAAUAUGUACUGCCUCGUGGAGAUGUAGUACGUACGACCGGUGCCUCGCAGUUUCGGCUAUCUGGUCUUAACGCAGUCGACGUACGUUGCGACAUUUGUGGUGUUGCGACAUUUCAGACACGGACGCGGGCCUGCCCCGAGAUUGCCACACAACGGCACGUUUACCGCCUCCUACCGGCUGCCGGUGACGCAGGUUGUAUGACUAAGCGGACUGAAUGUCGAGUAAAAGCCUGCGCGUUGUGCCUGUGCGUGAGUCAUGUGUCAGCUGCAGCACGACUGAACGGUAUGAAUUGUCUAUCGAAUAUUCUCGGUGAUAAAAAGAGAGCUUUACUGUCAUUCGACCGAACCACAAUGCACUGGGCUAGACGUGCGCUCCGUCGACAAACCAUAACUGAUGCCAUCUCCGGAGCACCGGACUUCUUCCGCCCAGUAAUCUCAUUUUUCAAAUGUCUGGCAGCUGGCACGUCUGGCAUGGCGAAUGUCUGCAGCUGGCUGCGAUGCUUUAAAAGUGAUUCGUUUUCGAGUUAUUCGCUCAUGGUUUGUGAAAGGGCGACUCGAAUGUUUGUGCGAGACUAGUCAGUCUGGAGUCACGACUGUUUUUGUCGCUUGAGCCACUGGUCUCAGGAGACUGUGUCCUGCGUGUGAGCGGAAUGUUUCUAUCGAACGUGCCGAAAUACAUCGAAUUGCAAUGUUCAUAA